CUGUUGCAACAAAUAGAGAGGAGUUAUCUUGAGCAUGAAGGGGAGGUAUUAGCCUAUGGGUUGUGUUGCUUUACCAGUUAGCCACAUGUAUGCUAAUGUAUAGCUGCUCACUAGCUCUUUAAAGCAACAUUCUUGUUAGCAUUUCAAGAGGAUACACAUCAUAACAUAACAUUUGAAUAACUAGCAUUAGCAGUUAUUUUUGGUCCUUUCACACACGGGAUACUCUUCACUGGUGUGGAUAUUACGCUUAUCCACAAUUCAUUAGACUACUGCAGGAUACAAGUUGUUAUCAUUAGAAGAUCCCGAUGGAUAAAAAAAACUUACGAAAGCUUCGGAAUCAGGACAAUAACCCAUGCAUAGACGAAAGUGAUGCGUCCCAGCAGUGUUUGAAUGUCAACAGCUAUGACAAGAGCAUGUGUUCAAACUAUUUCCUGAGAUAUAAGAGCUGUAGGAAAUACUGGCAAAACAUAAUGGUGCUGCGGAGAAGAGAAGGAGUGAAACCGGACAUGCCGACAGCUGCAGAGAGGCAGGAGAUGAUCGCUGCUAUCGGAGGGAAACCUUACUGAUUUCAGCAGAAACUCAGAGGCACUGUGAAGGCCAGCGGGGCCCGGACAUUUACUACAAGCUGUGCUGCUGCACUGGCUCGGUUCACACUGACCCAAAGCCUGACCCAUCCUAAGCUCAGGGCGUGUGGAAGUGCCCGGUUACUGGUCUGUUGUGGAAAAGAAGGGAUUUCACAGAAAGAUAUCAGAUGUGUUAUUUAUUGAGGAAUAAAAACAAUGGGACAUGAACUGAAACAUCAUUCAAUUAGCUUUAUAAGCUGCUAUGUCAUUACAUUACAUUGCAUUGCUGACGCAUGUAAUGGUAUUACAGAAGUUGCACUGUAGUCACAACUGUUGAGAUGAAUAUUUAAUCUUAUCAAAAGUAGACCUUUUGUCCAUGAGAACAGUAUAUUCUACAGUUCCCAUAUGUAAAAGUAGGUCUACUUUGUUUUACAAUUUGCUGGUGUCAAGGACUACUUCGUCUUUGAAAUCUAAAGCAUUGUUGGGACUAGCUCAGCUGUGGUUUCUACCUGGCCAACAUGUUGAAGUCUGCAGCAUGUUUGAUGGACAUCCACCAUGUGUCUUUCCUAAAUAAAAAAGGAGUAUUGUAGCAUAGUCAUACUAGUUAUGUUUUUGCAUAAAAAUUAUGCAUUUA